CUGUUCUCGGGCGAAGUACGAACAUAAUCGUGGUGCAUCAGUCUUCGUGCACGCAGUGUAGAAAAGUGUACGGAGCGCCAACGUUGAAAUCGAUUUCACGGUGCUCACGCAUGCUUUUACAUAGGAUUAUUCUAUGGAUUAAACUCAAGGAUGUGAAUCGCAAAGGAUUUCAAGUGGUGUUUUGAAUUGUUCUUUGUGGUUUCUGUGCUUCGAGUGACGGACGGAGAAGGCAGAAAUAAAGAUUAUUCCUGCAGUUGCAUGGAAUCACGUAAUUACCUACUGUGUCAGAGUGACGGCCGUUCUUUUGUACGUGACCAGCUGAAUGUAAAUGUAACGUAUGAUCUCAAAAGCUACUUGACGGUUACGUGUUAUUUGUACGAAAAGCUAUUGGAUGUUUAGGAUUUGUAUCUUGUAAUGUUAUGGACUAAAUAUUUGAUAUCAACCCUUCCUCAGCGUAUAAAAUUUCAUCAUCUGUGUACUACAUAUCACAAGCUUCUGUCAUAUUUGUUGUAAAAAUCUAACUCGGUGUUAAAAAGAACUAUUUUCUACACAUUUCAAUGGAUGAAUAUUCAUAUAUUGGUGUUUUUCAAACUUGACUCGUUGUAAAGGUUCUAUGUGUGUACUCUACUUCUAGAUGAAUCCACUAGUCUUCAAGAUGUCUUUUUAUCGUCUAAGUGUCAUCUUCUUCUUACUUGUCUCUGAGUGUUUUCAUAUUUGCAUAUCUGAUGGCGAUUACUCCCAGCGAGAAUACGUCAAAUUCCUAAAACAUCCACCAAGAAUUGAAACAGCUCCUCGCAAUCAAACGGUGCUGAACAACGGAGUGGCCAGCUUCGUGUGUGCUGCAGUCGGCAACCCUAAACCCCAGAUAGAAUGGAGGAAGAAUGGAAAGCGUGUCACCACACAGAGGUACACAGUUCAGGAAAUGCCCAACGGAUCCGUGCUCCGGAUAGAUCCUGUCAAAGCAGGAAGGGAUGACGCCACAUACGAAUGCAUGGCCGAAAAUGGAGUUGGAGAGCCGGUCCGUGCACUCGCCACUCUCACUGUUUUAGCAGAAGAUCAGAUUCCUCCUGGAUUUCCGCAGUUCACGAUGCAGCCCCAGAUUCAAGGUGUGGAGAUGGGUCGAAAUGCUCUUCUACCUUGCCGAGCGGAAGGAACACCCCAACCAACCAUCAGGUGGCUCAAAAGCUACAUACCUGUCGACAUGAGUGACCCUCGCUAUUCACUUGUUCAAGGAUCUUCUCUUCAAAUCAUGGAAACAGAGGAAGACGACCAGGGUAGCUAUGAAUGCGUUGCAGAUAAUGAAAAAGGAACGGCCGUAUCAGGACCUGCGACAUUAUACGUCAGAGUUCGAAGGGUCCCUCCAUAUUUCUCCAUACCACCGGAAGAAUUGUAUGAAGUGAUGCCAGGAUCGAAUCUGAACAUCACCUGUGUAGCAGUCGGAUCUCCCAUGCCGUAUGUCAAGUGGAAGAAAGGCCUCAUGGAUAUAACGUCAGAACACGAUAUGCCCAUAGGCAAGAACGUCCUGCAGCUGGUAGAUGUCCGGGAAAGUGCCAACUACACGUGCGUUGCGGCGUCCAAGCUGGGGAGCAUUGAAGCUGUUGCACAAGUCGUCGUGCAAGGUAGGGCUCUCCCUCGCCCACCAACUCGAGUUCAGAUAUCUGACGUCACAGCUUCAUCUGUCCGAAUCGCUUGGUCCUAUGACAUCGGUUCUGAGAAUAUCAUCUACUACGUGAUUCAAUACAAACCCAGACAAACCAAUCAAGAUUACAGCGAGAUUAGUGGCAUCAACACUAUGUUCUAUACAAUCCGAGAUCUCACUCCAUAUACGGAAUAUGAAUUUUACGUUAUAGCAGUUAAUGCAAUCGGCAGAGGUAGCCCCAGUGCGCCGGCAGUUAUUACAACUGGAGAAACGGUGGAUUCCGUUGGAUCUGGCAAACCUGGUAGUGCUCCUCGCAAUGUUCAGGCUACUCCUCUUAGCACCAGUACUGUGGUUGUUCAAUGGGACCCACCAAAAGAACCUAACGGACAAGUCACGGGUUACAAGGUUUAUUACACUUUGAAUCCUCAUUCUCCAACACAAACAUGGAUGAGUCAAAUCGUGGACAACAAUCAGCUGACAACCAUUAGCGAUUUAAAAACUCAUGCUAUCUACACGAUGCGAGUCCAGGCUUUUACCAGCAGAGGUCCGGGUCCAUUGUCAGCACCUAUUCAAGUAAAAACCCAGCUAGGAGUUCCAAGCCAACCAACCAAUCUGAGAGCUACUCCAGCCUCUGCAACUACUGUCCAAUUAAGCUGGACCAGACCAACACACACCGGUGAAAAUAUCAUCGGUUAUGAAUUGUAUUGGAAUGACACUUUUACACAGCAUGAAUAUCAUCGUGAAAUACCUGAUGUGGAGUCGUAUACUCUUGGAGAGCUGUAUCCGGAUACUUUAUACUUCGUAUGGGUGGCUGCAAAAUCGAAGAGAGGAGAAGGCGCUGCUACACCCCCUGUUCACGUUCGAACUGAACAAUAUGCUCCCAGCUCCCCUCCCUUGGAAGUUACGGGCGUAACCCUCAAUUCCCGUUCCUUGCGCAUUUCUUGGGAACCUCCUCCCAAAAACCACUGGAACGGAGUUUUAAAGUUUUAUAAAGUAUUGUAUCUAAAAGCUGAUAAACCACCCGUUCCUGCCUCUGCCAAUACAAAGAUCGUGGAUGCCAAAGACACCCACGUGGUACUGGACAAACUCAACACUUGGACUGAGUACCGAGUGUGGGUUUUAGCUGGUACCGAGGCGGGUGAAGGACCUCUCUCGGAAGCUAUUGUCCUGCGUACUGACGAAGGAGUUCCCGGCAUGCCUCGUGAUGUUGAAGUCCGAUCCCUCAACAGUACGACCGUGAACGUCCGCUGGAAAGCCCCUGCCAACCGCGACCGUAACGGUCUCAUCAGGGGAUACCAGAUCCACGCGCAGGAGAUGAAUCGGGAGGGAGAUCUGGUGAAUGAAGGCAUGCGGUACGACGUGGCAGAGGAAGAAGCUGAAGAGUACAAUGUGACUGGGCUUCAACCUGCGACCAAUUAUUCCAUACAGGUGGCAGCUGUGACCAGGAAAGGGGAUGGCGCCCGCAGCAGGGCGGUUACGGUGGAGACACAAGGUGGAGUACCAACUCGGCCUGAAAUGACGCUUCAGUUAACUCAAGAAGAACCCACACCAGUCGUUCAAGUCCAGUGGUCCCGCCCUGCUCAUAUUUAUGGUCAGCUAUUGAGCUACAGGCUAAGAUAUGGAAAAGUAAAUGGUACUGAUUUAGAAGUGAUGGAUAUCAAUCCGCUUGAUCAUCACACAAGUGUUAGAAAUCUGGAUCGAGGUACCAAAUAUGAAUUUCGAUUAUCCGGCCGAAAUGCUUUAGGAUGGGGACAAGAAUUCGUCACUUAUUUGGAAACUCCUGAAGGAGUCCCCACAGCACCUCCCCAAAACUUGACUCACAAUCUCCAAAGUCCAACGACUGUCGUGAUCAGCUGGGAUCCACCUGUUGCUCAGUAUCGAAACGGCAAAAUUCUUCACUACGGGGUACAGUUCCACAAAGCUCUGGAAUCAAAGGCACCAGAGAGGAAUACCACAGCUUCAAGGCUUGUUUUCAGUGCUCUUGAUGAGAAUACUGAAUACGUGUACCGUGUCCGAGCUUAUACCGCCAAAGGCCCUGGUCCUUGGAGCAGCCCUGCGACAGUGCACACUCCUGGAGACGUUCCGACUGCCCCCACGAAUGUGCAAGCCAUGGCAACUUCAGAAACAACAGUCCUUGUUUGGUGGGAUCAAGUACCCUAUUUCUUGGACAUCCUGGGAUAUAAAGUUCUGUACACACUGACGACCGUCGAAGACCUUGAAGAAUGGCACGAAAAAGAAGUCCCUCUUACGUGGUCAGCAGAACUCACAGGUCUGGACACGCAUGCCAUGUAUGCUAUCCGUGUCGCAGCUGCAACUCGACAAGGAUUAGGACGCCUGUCAGAACUCAUAACUGUGCGAGUGACACCGACAGAUGUACCGACUCUUCUUAGAGCGCAGGAAGUGACAACUCACUCAAUGCUGUUGACCUGGAAAGCGCCAUCAAAACUAGAUCCAAUUAAAUAUAAGAUAUCGUACAGUGCUCAUAAGGAAUUCUACGACAGCCAUGGUCUUCUUCAGGAGCUUCCCAUACCUCCUCAAGAUGAAAUAGUCGAUGCCAUGACGACAGAACUUCGAGUGGACAAUCUCAUGCCCUUUACCAGUUAUCAAGUGAACAUUACUGCCAUUCCCCACGACGAAACUUUCCGACCUCCUGCCAAAAUAACCGUUACGACUGCCAUGGCCGCUCCCAAACCUAUGGUGAAGCCAGAUUCGUUUGGAGUUCAUAACAAUAUGGAGAUCACAGUUGUUCUACCUCAGGCAUCUGAAGAAUAUGGCCCCAUUAGUCACUACUUCCUUGUUGUUGUCCCUGAACAAUUUGCUACAAAAGAGCCAGAUGACUUUACAAUUGAAGAAUUAACUGCAACCAAACCUGAUCAGACUGGUCCCUUCAUUGCUGCCAAAUUUCUACGAAGAACGAUGCCUGAGAAUUUUUCAUUGGGUGACGGCAAAAUGUACAUGGGUUUCGUUAACCGCCACUUGUUGCAUGGGGUUCGAUACAAGGUUUUUGUGAGAGCUGUCGUGGACACCCCUCAUAAGAGUCUGUAUACCAGCAGCCCUUUCUCGGACAGCCUGAGUUUGGACAUGGCAGCAGCUCCUGGUCACCCCGUACUGGUGGGCAGCGGGGGCAUUUGGGACAAGACUGACCGGCCGGACAUCUCGGAGAUCGACGGCAGCUCGGAGGAGGCUGGGGUCAUCUGGAUCGUUGCACCCGUUCUCCUGCUGCUCAUUAUUAUCACUUUUAUCGUUGUCUUAGUCCUGCUGAGGAGGCGUUAUACCCUUGUUUUUUCCAGGCGUCGACAGCUGGCGAAGACACCUGCUGGCGAAACAACCAUGAAACUCCUGAUGAACGUGGCAGACCGCGAAAUGGUCGCCCACCCUACUGACCCGGUCGAAAUCAGGCGGAUCAACUACCAAACGCCGGCCAUGAUCAACCACCCUCCCAUACCGGUCUCCGAACUCGCCAACCACAUCGAGAGGCUGAAAGCCAACGAUAACGUUCUCUUCUCACAGGAAUAUGAGUCUAUUGAACCUGGACAGCAAUUCACUUGGGAGAACUCGAACUUGGAGAUUAACAAGCCAAAGAACAGGUAUGCUAACGUUAUUGCAUACGAUCACAGCCGAGUUGUUCUUCAACCACUGGAUGGCAUUCCAGGAUCUGAUUAUAUCAAUGCCAAUUACUGCGACGGGUACCGCAAACCAAAGGCAUACAUCGCAACUCAAGGACCUCUACCUGAAACAUUUUGCGAUUUUUGGCGAAUGGUGUGGGAACAGCGUUCUGCUACCAUUGUAAUGAUGACAAAAUUAGAAGAAAGGACCAGAAUCAAGUGCGAUCAGUACUGGCCCAGUCGUGGAACAGAGACAUACGGGGUCAUGUAUGUUAAAUAUACUGAAGUGUCAGAACUGGCAUCUUACUGCAUCAGAACUUUCCAUCUGCAGCGAGUUGGUUUCCCAGAGACUCGUGAAGUUCGACAAUUUCAGUUCACUGCUUGGCCGGACCAUGGUGUGCCAGAACAUCCAACUGCAUUUCUCAUGUUUUUGCGUCGAGUGCAAGCCAUGAAUCCCAUGGAUGCUGGACCAAUUGUUGUUCAUUGCAGUGCCGGUGUGGGCCGCACAGGUUGUUUCAUUGUAAUUGACUCUAUGUUAGAAAGGCUGAAGCACGAGACUACCGUUGACAUUUAUGGCCACGUGACCUGCCUCCGUGCCCAGCGGAAUUACAUGGUGCAGACGGAGGAUCAGUACGUAUUCGCUCACGACUCAGUGCUGGAAGCUGUGGUCGCGGGAGUCACUGAAGUGCCGGCCCGCAGUCUGUAUACACACAUAAAUCAACUGAUGCAAGUCAUACCCGGAGAAAAUACUACUGGAAUGGAAUUAGAGUUCAAGAAACUCAGCAUGCUGAAUAACAGUAAAUCUGUAAAAUUUGUGAGUGCCAAUCUACCUGUUAACAAAUUUAAAAACAGAUUAAUGAACAUACUUCCAUAUGAAUCUACUCGAGUUUGCUUGCAGCCAAUCAGAGGAGUAGACGGCUCAGACUAUAUAAAUGCCAACUAUAUUGAUGGAUAUCGUUAUAAAAACGCUUACAUCGCUACUCAGGGCCCACUUGCCGAAACAACUGAAGACUUCUGGAGAAUGUUAUGGGAACAUAAUUCCAAUAUUGUAGUUAUGUUAACAAAAUUAAAAGAGCUUGGCAGGGAGAAAUGUCAUCAAUAUUGGCCAAACGAGAGAUCUCAGCGGUACUUAUAUUAUGUUGUUGAUCCCAUCACUGAGUAUAACAUGCCUCUCUAUAUCCUGAGGGAGUUCAAAGUGACAGAUGCGAGAGAUGGUCAAUCUCGAACCAUAAGGCAGUUCCAUUUCACGGACUGGCCGGAACAAGGAGUUCCAAAAUCUGGCGAAGGAUUCAUAGAUUUCAUUGGACAGGUACAUAAAACAAAAGAACAGUUUGGACAGGAGGGUCCAAUCACUGUGCAUUGUAGUGCUGGUGUUGGCCGUACUGGUGUUUUCAUAACACUAAGUAUAGUAUUAGAACGAAUGCAGUAUGAAGGUGUAGUGGAUAUUUUCCAAUCAAUUCGUAUUCUACGCACACAGAGACCGGGCAUGGUACAGACAGAAGACCAGUACCAGUUCUGUUAUCGUGCCGCUCUGGAAUACUUAGGCUCAUUUGACAAUUACGCCAACUGAAUCCAUUUUCGCCAUGAAUGUGACACUGCUACAUCGUCAGCUUCCAGCAUACACAGGGUAGUACGGCCAUCAAACAGAAGAGGGACUCAUCUAAGAUCUCAAAAAAUAAAAUAAUUCUUUUUUCCCGAUGGGAGGUCAACCCCUCGUCGUCAUUCAAUCUGUCAAUGGGUGUUUCGUUUGCACAAUCAACAAGUUUCAUUUUUUUUCCGAUGGCCCUUUCGAUUCUACGGGGCCUGCUUCUGUUCCCUCCAAAGAAGUGUGAUGCCAUGUACAGGCCUUGUAAAGUUCCUUUCAUCUUGAACGCUCGUGUCUCCUGAAUUCGUGAAUAUUGAACUUGAUUUCUUUUUUUCCACGUGGAAUGCAUUCAAUCUAAAUGUGAACUUUAAAAGUGCUGUUGUUUCUCCAAAAAAAAGAACUCCAUAAUAAUCAAUUUAGUGGUGCUCUAAUACAUAUUCUUCUCGGGCAACUUGCUGUCCUCACUGAACUCUAUGUAUGGUUGGUGAUAAUAUAUAUUGUUGUUCAGAAUUUAUGAUCAUUUAUGGAGAUAUUAUGUGCAUUUGACCGUGUUGGCGCACGAGAAUGUUUCAGCUACUUUUUAUUGAUGUUUUUCAAAACACAGAGUGAUUUUAAACUAGAGAACAUUCUAAUUAAAAACUUUGCCAUGUU